AGUGAACGCCAGGUACCCGCUUCCCUGCUUCUCCCCACCGACCUCUGGGACACGCCCAGCUCCACAAUGGCAGCGGAGACCCUCAACUUUGGGCCUGAGUGGCUGAGGGCUCUUUCCAGUGGUGGCAGUGUGGCCUCCCCACCCCCGUCCCCUGCCAUGCCCAAGUACAAGCUGGCCGACUAUCGCUACGGGCGCGAGGAGAUGCUGGCCCUCUAUGUCAAGGAGAGCAAGGUAGGCGCAGGCAGGGGUGCGGGGCCCUGGCUGGUGGAGCGGGCCCAGGAGCACGCGUACCUCCCGCCCGAUCCGCAGGUCCCUGACGAGCUGCAGGACAAGGAGUUUGCUGCCUUGCUGCAGGAGGAGCCGCUGCAGCCCCUCGCGCUGGAGCCGCUGACGGAGGAGGAGCAGAGAAACUUCUCCCUGUCAGUGAACAGCGUGGCCGUGCUGAGGCUGAUGGGGAAAGGGGCUGGGCCCCCUCUAGGUGGCGCCUCCCGUGGCAGGGGCAGCACACGGAGCCGAGGCCGUGGCCGCGGUGACAGUUGCUUUUACCAAAGAAGCAUUGAAGAAGGUGAUGGGGCCUUUGGCCGAAACCCCCGGGAGAUCCAGCGUAGCCAGAGUUGGGAUGACAGAGGCGAGAGGCGGUUUGAGAAAUCGGCCAGGAGGGAUGGAGCACGCUCCGGGUUUGAUGAGGGAGGGGCUGGCCCGAGGAAGGAGCAUGCCCGCUCAGAUAGCGAAAACUGGCGUUCUCUCCGAGAGGAGCAAGAGGAAGAAGAGGAAGGCAGCUGGAGACUCGGGGCAGGACCCCGGCGAGACAGUGACCGCUGGCGCUCCGCCAGCCCUGAUGGUGGCCCCCGCUCUGCUGGCUGGCGGGAACAUGGGGACCGGCGUCGCAAGUUUGAAUUUGAUUUGCGAGGGGAUCGAGGAGGGUGUGGUGAAGAGGAGGGGCGGGGUGGGGGGGCCAGUUCUCACCUCCGGAGGUGCCGGGGGCCUGACGGCUUCGAUGAUGACAAGGAUGGGCUCCCGGAGUGGUGCCUGGACGAUGAGGACGAAGAAAUGGGCACCUUCGAUGCCUCCGGGGCCUUCCUCCCUCUCAAGAAGGGCCCGAAGGAGCCUAUUCCUGAGGAGCAGGAGCUCGACUUCCAGGGCCUGGAGGAAGAGGAGGAAGAACCUUCCGAAGGGCUGGACGAGGAGGGGCCGGAGGCGGGUGGGAAGGAACUGACCCCACUGCCUCCUCAGGAGGAGAAGUCCAGCUCCCCAUCCCCACUGCCCACCUUGGGCCCACUCUGGGGAGCUAACGGGGAAGGCGAUGACCUGGUGGAGAAAGACCUGCCUGCAGCUGAAGGAGAUGACAUGAGGGGAAUGCAGCUAAGUCCUGGGGCGGGCUCACCCCCCGGCCCACCAGACCUGGAAGAUGAUGAAGGCUUGAAGCACCUGCAGCAGGAGGCGGAGAAGCUCGUGGCCUCCCUGCAGGACAGCUCCCUGGAGGAGGAGCAGUUCACGGCCGCCAUCCAGGCCCAGGGCCUGCGCCACUCUGCAGCCGCCACCGCCCUCCCCCUCAGCCACGGUGCAGCCCGGAAGUGGUUCUACAAGGACCCGCAGGGCGAGAUCCAAGGCCCCUUCACGACCCAGGAGAUGGCAGAGUGGUUCCAGGCGGGCUACUUCUCCAUGGCUCUGCUGGUGAAGCGGGGCUGUGAUGAGGGCUUCCAGCCUCUGGGUGAGGUGAUCAAGAUGUGGGGUCGCGUACCCUUCGCCCCCGGGCCCUCACCUCCCCCGCUGCUGGUGAGUGUACCCACUUUGGCGUGGAACAGGGAAGGGAGGCAGGAGCCCGGCAGAGGGAAGCGGUGGGUGCAGAGCCAGACGGGGGCAAAGCCACGGGGACGCUGUGGCCUCACUCAGGGGAACAUGGACCAGGAGCGGCUGAAGAAGCAACAGGAGCUGGCAGCAGCCGCCUUGUACCAGCAGCUGCAGCACCAGCAGUUUCUUCAGCUGGCCGGCAGCAGCCGCCAGCUCCCGCAGUGCAUGCUCCGGGAAAAGGCAGCUCUGGGAGACCUGCCGCCACCACAGCAGCAGCAGCUCACCGCGUUCCUGCAGCAGCUCCAAGCUCUCAAACCCCCCAGGGGUGGGGACCAGAACUUGCUCCCGACGAUGAACCGGUCCUUGUCGGUGCCAGACUCGGGUCCCCUCUGGGACAUACAUACCUCAGCCUCACCACAGUCAGGUGGUGAGGCCAGUCUUUGGGACAUACCAAUUAACUCUUCGACUCAGGGUCCAAUUCUAGAACAACUCCAGCUGCAACACAAAUUCCAGGAGCGCAGAGAAGUGGAGCUCAGGGCGAAGCGGGAGGAGGAGGAGCGCAAGCGCCGGGAGGAGAAGCGCCGCCAGCAGCAGCAGCAGCAGGAGGAGCAGAAGCGGCGGCAGGAGGAAGAGGAGCUGUUCCGGCGCAAGCAGGUGCGGCAGCAGGAGCUGUUGCUGAAGCUGCUGCAGCAGCAACAGGCGGUAGCCACUGUCCCCGUGCCUCCUGCGCCCAGUUCCCCGCCCCCGCUGUGGGCCGGCCUGGCCAAGCAGGGCCUGUCCAUGAAGACGCUGCUGGAGCUGCAGCUGGAGGGCGAGCGGCACCUGCACAAGCAGCCCCCGCCUCGGGAGCCAUCGCGGGCUCAGGCCCCCAACCACCGCGUGCAGGUCGGGGGCCUGGGCUCCGCCCCCCUGAACCAGUGGGUAUCUGAGGCCGGGCCACUGUGGGGCGGGCCCGACAAGAGUGGGGGCAGCAGCAGCCUGGGACUCUGGGAAGACACCCUCAAGAGCAGCGGGAGCCUGGCCCGGAGCCUGGGCCUGAAGAACAGCCGCAGCAGCCCCUCUCUCAGUGACUCGUACAGCCACUUGUCUGGUCGGCCUGUGCGCAAAAAGACAGAGGAGGAAGAGAAGCUGCUGAAGCUGCUGCAGGGCAUCCCCCGGCCCCAGGAUGGCUUCACCCAGUGGUGUGAGCAGAUGCUGCACACGCUGAGCACCACGGGCAGCCUGGACGUGCCCAUGGCUGUAGCGAUCCUCAAGGAGGUGGAAUCCCCCUAUGACGUCCACGACUAUAUCCGUUCCUGCCUGGGGGACACGCUGGAAGCCAAAGAAUUUGCCAAACAAUUCCUGGAGCGGAGGGCCAAGCAGAAGGCCAGCCAGCAGCGGCAGCAGCAGCAGCAGCAGGAGGCUUGGCUGAGCAGCGGCUCCCUGCAGACAGCCUUUCAGACCAACCACAGCACCAAGCUCGGCCCCGGGGAGGGCAGCAAGGCCAAGAGACGGGCGCUGAUGCUGCACUCAGACCCCAGCAUCUUGGGGUACUCCCUGCACGGACCUUCUGGUGAGAUCGAGAGCGUGGAUGACUACUGACCAGCCCGUCCCACCAGCGCCCGGGGCUGUAGGCCAGGGGCAGCAGCAGCGGCUUGGACCCCUGGGUCCCCAGCCUGCAGGCUCCCCACAGGGAGCAUAGGAGGAAGCAGGGGCAGGGUCCCCAGCACUUGUUACAAACCACACGAUGCACCUUAACUCACCCACCACGAGGCACUUUACAGAUUGAGGGGGGAAGGGUUUUGUUUUUGUUUUUUUGGUUUUAGUUUUAAACGACAUUGAAGGAAACAUAGGAGAGACAAAAAAAAAUGGUUAAAAAGUAGACUCUAAGCACUCCCUUUCCCUUUGUCGGAUAGUGGGAGUGAUAAUGGAAGAUCCACAGAGAUUUUUUUUUUUUUUUUUUUUAAGAAAAAAGAAAAACAAAAAAAAAUGGUUAGGAGACUGAAAGUAAAAACACACUGUUAUUUGGGGCAGUGGGGACAUGGGCCCCACGGACCUGUCCUGCUUGGCCCCCGAGGCUGCACUUACCCUCCCCGCCCCAUAAGGUGGGCCACUGGGGUAACUGGAAGCUGGGGCGCCAGCAGUUUGCACAGCGAGGCCCCCUCAAGCCCCGCCAGCCGGACCCGCUGUGAACGGCCCCCUUGUGCUGUGACUGUGGCAGAGGUGUCUGGGGCCGGGGGGCCUGACCCGAGUAGCCCCUUGGCUUUGCUGCUUCGGGGAAAGUUGCACAAAUGCGCGAGGCCGCCUCAGCGCCCCAGGCAGCCACCCUGCGCCGGCUGGCUGGCUGAGUGAAUGGGAGAGGGCCUGCGGUGCCAACCUCAUCUGGCUGUCAUCAGGCUGGCAGAACUUCCACUCUGGCCCUGGUGAGGGGCUUCCCCCGCCGCUGCCAUUCGGGGGGCCGGCCUGGGUAUGAAGCUGAAAGGCCCAGCUCCCUGCCUUGCCACAUGAAUGUAUUCUCUGGGCCAUGAGCCCCUGCUGCGCCCCCUGCCUCAACCCUGAGCAAGGCUGGGGCAGAGCAGUUUCUCCAGGAGCUGGAGAGAGGCACCACUUAACGACUGUUGUUUCUCCUGUGAAGGGGGCAGAGGAGGGGCCAAGGAGGCCACAAGAGUGGGCCGCUGGGGGCUUCGGGCUGCAGCAAGGGGCUGUUAGGAGGGAGCCCCCUACCUGCAGCUGCCUGUGUGGGAUGUGGACCACCCAGCUCUGCCCUGACCCCUCUGUUGACCAAAUGGGAGAGGAGCGAGUGGCCUCUCCCCUCCCUGCUCCCCUGAUGUUUUUAAAUGUUGGGUAAGGGUGGGGUGUCAAGAAUGGGAGUGUCUGUCUCUCCUGGGUUGGGGUAGGCUGCCCUUCACCAACUUCUUAUUCCCAAUUACCUACCUAGGUUUGUCUCCAUUCGUGGAUUUUCUUUAAGUUUGUUUUAUCUUUUGAGUUUCUCAUCUAACUUCUCCCAUGGACCUCAUUGCUCAGAGCGCAGUAUUAGGGCAAGACUCUGCCACUGCCUCCCCUCCAUGAAUGUAUUUAUCCUUCCUGUCCUGGGGAAAUGGGGAGUGGCCCCUGUUUUCUUUCUCCAUCUAUCCCCAGAGAGACGACCUUUUUCUUUCUUUUUUUUUUUUUUUUUUUUUUUUUGCACCAAAGUGGCAACUGGGUCAGUGUUGGGGGAUAAAGCUGGCCUCGGGGGUGGAGGGGCCCCCUCCACCUGCUUCUCCCUGGUUUCAACAGUGUUAGCGUCCGUGAAAAGACAAUAUUGUAUUCUCUCUAAAGCAAUAAGGGGGUGAUGGGCCAGGGGGAAACGUCUUGCUGCUGCUGGCCCCCCAGCUCCCCCUCUCCUCAAGCCAGUGUUGGCGGCAUUAGAGGUGGGGGGGAGUACUGUCGUGACUGAAUGUAACUGCCCCCGCCCCUGCCGCAGCCAAUGCAGGGGAGGGGGGGUGACACUCUUCCCCGUCUCUUCCUUUCCCUCCCCCCCGAGCUAAAGAGACUUUGAAUUUAGGGGGCCCUUGAGCCUGGAGAGGCCUUAACCCUGUGAGGAAGUGUAGGGGGAGCCCUCUCCCACCCCCAUCCCCUUCUGAGAGUGGUCAAUGUUUACAAGCCCCUGAGCCCCCCAGCCCAGGGACUCAGCUCCUUGCUAUCCUUCCCCAGCCCGUCUUCUGGGCCCCAGCUGCUCUCCCACCCUUCCUGGGGUUGGGGUGGAUGCAGGGGUCAUUCUGUAUCCCAUCGUCUGCCUUGUACCCACAAUCUCCCCCACCCCAUGUGACCCCUUCUCUUCUACCUGCUUCUGUAAAUACCCCCCCCCCAAUAAAACUUGGUGUGUGUUCUCCC